CGUAGGCUGCCACCUGAGACCACCUUUUGCACGGUAUAGAAGAUGGUGAGUCUGUUAAGGUUUGACUUUAUUUCUUUGCUCGCAGUGUUCCGAACGUCUCCUCGCCAACAGCCUCAACGUCGGCUAACAGCUAAGCGUGCAUAACACGACCAUGACAGCAGGAUUAUCACCCACACUCGCCAGGUGUUUCCUGGUGAGCUUUUGCCUCUCGGUCGUUAGCGCCGCCCCAACAGCUGAUCACGCCGUCGUCCAGUCGGUGAGAUCAACGACUGAGUCGAAUCCAACCACGACGGAAGAACUGGAUUUCAAAGACGUGCCUAUUUACGAAAAAGAAAAACUUCGAAAACCUCCCCCGGGAUUUAAGUACGUGCCCGUGUUGAAGUGCAGUAACGGCGAAACCGAAAAAGCUACCGCAACGCCAUCUAACGACCAAAUUGUAGACGAUCAUCAAAUUGCUCAUCCACUGGAAACGGCCGACCAAGCCACCCAGCCUUCAUUAGAUGAAGAAAGACAGGUCACGGAUGCAGUGGAUGCUGAAGAUUCUCAAACGGAAGUGCCAAUUGAUGCCAUUGUAAUCGAAGAUGCCGACCCAGACGAACCAACCGCAACGACCGAUGAAAUCGCGACCGCAGUCGACGACGUUACGCAGGAAAACGUCCAAUCAAUUCAAUCAACAGAUCAACUUGCAGAAGCAGAAGAACCAAUUCAAAAGGUGCAAAUAAGCGAAGACAAUAGUCCAAUCAUUGCGAGUGUAAGUCUCGAAGCGGAAGCCAAACCGGAAUCUGAAAGUGCAAACGCAGCCAGCGAUGCCAUGGUGAAUGCAGAGGCCAACGUCUCGACAGCGGAAGAACUUCCAUCUCAGGUCGCAGUCGAUGAUAAAAAUUCCGUCGUUUCAAAGGACCCGGAACCGGUUCGGCAAUCGCAAAUUGUGGUGGAUAACGUGGACGUCGUUGCGUCGGUCAACUUGGAUGCCGUCACUGAAAAAUCGGACGCAGUCGACGAGAAUUUCGAAACGUAUGGCGCCAUGAAUAUUAAUGAAGACCAGGUCAAAGAUUUCACUGGAUACAAAGUGUAUCGCGUGACCAUCUCGACAGAGGAGGCAGCUCGUUGGAUUCUGAAAUUCGAAGACGUUCCAGGCAUCGAAUUUUGGUCUGAUGCGAAAUUGUUGCUUCAACCUCGCGGCAUCUUCGUCACAUCGGCAACGGAUAUCCUCGUCGCUCCCGAUGUGGCUGGUCACAUGGAAGAAUCCCUGAGGCAAGCCCGUCUUCCAUUCGAAAUCCUUAUCAACGAUGUCCAAGAGGCCAUCCGGGAUGAAAAUCCUCCGAAAUCAGAGGACGAAGAGGAUCUUAUGAGUCGCAAUGGCCACACGCUGACGUGGGAGCGAUACCAUUCGCUCGAAGAUAUUGACAGUUACCUGGAAUACUUGAGAAUCACGUUCCCUAAUUUCGUAACUGUCACCGAGAUUGGACGCACGACGGAAAAUCGGCCCAUCAAAGCCGUGCGGUUUCAUCAGGAAGGAGGUCGAAGUGACAAGAAGACCAUCCUGAUCGAUGCUAGUAUUCACGCACGCGAAUGGAUCACGCCUGCCACCAUCACUUACAUGAUGCGCGAGAUUGUGGACAACCCGCAAAAGUACGAUUGCAUCAUGAACCAGUUCGAUUGGCUGUUCGUGCCCGUUCUCAAUCCCGACGGUUACGUGUACACGCACUCGCACAAUCGCAUGUGGCGCAAGACGCGCUCGCAAACGGAGAGCAUCAUAUUCCGCCAAUCGGCCGAGGCGUCUUUGAUAGCCGACCGCAUAACGCGUUUCGAAGACGAUCCCAUCCUCGACGACGACAUCCUUGCAAAAUUGCGAGCCAAAGUAGCCAGUCCGAAAGCGAGCUUAUCGUGCACAGGAGCCGACGCCAAUCGCAAUUUCGAUUAUUAUUGGCUGACUGGCGGAUCGUCCAGGAACCCUUGCUCCGACACGUUCGCCGGAUCGAAACCGUUCUCCGAACCGGAGUCCAGGGCAUUACGUGAUUUGGUUUUAGAUAACAAAGAUCACCUGGCCAUGUACAUUUCACUGCACGCUUACAGUCAAAUGUGGCUCCUGCCCUGGGGUCACAAACAAGAGAAGCCCGAGGACUUUUCCGAACUUUAUUCGCUGGCCAAGACGGGCAGCAAUGCUCUGGAAAAAGUUAACGGUGUCAACUAUUUGAUUGGUUCUAUCCCGGAUCUUCUAUACGUAGCCUCGGGCAGUUCCAUCGACUGGGUUAAAGGAGCCGUUGGGGUCAAAUACGUCUACACUCUGGAGUUGCGCGAUUCCGGCCGUUUCGGUUUCCUGUUGCCGGCCAGGCACAUCGUCCCGUCAGGUAAAGAGACCUGGAUGGCAGUCCACGCUUCGGCCAUGGAAUUAGCCAAAAGGACGUACGGCGAUUACGUGGAGUGUCCUGAGCCCACCGUUUAAAGGCCACCGAGUUCAUUUGUCCGAAACUCUUUCUGUUCUGUCCUCUCGUGAUUUAUCAUUUAAUGAAGUAUAAAUAAUUAACGUUUGUUUUUUAUCGUUAUUUGAAUUCAUCCGCAACGCAUUGGGAUUUUCUUUUGUUUUGUUUUUUAAUGAUUGGUUUCUACACGACCGCGAGGGGAGGUCGUUCAGCGUUCGCUAUUCGUUCCCACUGAUUUGACGGGUGAUUACGUUUUUAUUUUUUAAGUGCUUCCUAAUUUUUGGUUUUUUUUUCUAAUUGGUUAUAAACAUCAGAAAUGUUUGGUAAAUAUAAUGGGAUUUUUUUGUUUUGUUUUAUUUUGUUUUUCAAACUUCGUGUUGAAUACAAAAGUUGGAUAUCGUU